ACCAUCAAACACAGACAUUGAACUCAUCUGUGUUUCGUGGCUUUACCUACACUGUCCUACUCUCAGCCAACAUGACUCGUGUCAGCGAUCUCCCACACCUACUGCCAGCUGUGCUCAUAUGGUUAAUGCAUUUUAAGUGUUGCUUAUCUCAACAUGAAGAGAACCAAACUAUCAUUAUCUACCGUGACAACAUCUCCAUCAUGAACAACUCGGACUAUAACAUCUCCAUGAACUACUCGGACUAUAACAUCUCCGGAUUUGAUUAUGACGACUUUCCUGUGCUCUGUGUGAAAGAAUUGAACCGUAAGUUCCGCCUGUGGUUCAUGCCUACCUUCUACUCCAUCAUCUGCUUCCUGGGGCUGGCAGGAAACCUGCUGGUCAUCCUCACCUUCUUCUACUUCAAACGUCUUAAGACCAUGACGGAUGUGUACCUGCUCAACCUGUCCUUUGCAGACCUGCUCUUUGCCCUGUCGCUCCCCUUUUGGGCAGCCAACUCCAUGACAGAAUGGAAACUGGGCCUGUUGGUGUGCAAAGCCAUGCACACAAUCUACAAGGUCAGCUUCUACAGCAGCAUGUUCAUUCUCUCAUUCAUCAGCGUGGAGCGCUACUUCGUCAUCGCCAAGGCUGUCUCCGCUCACCGCUACCGCUCCCAAGCAGUGUUUCUCAGCAAGGUGUCAUCAGUGGCCAUCUGGGUGAUGGCACUGAUCUUCUCCAUACCAGAAAUGAAGUACACCACAAUCAAUAACAACACCUGCACCCCUUACUCCAGCACUUCUGACAAGCGCCGUGUCAGCAUCCAGGCGAGUCAGAUUGUUUUGGCUUUUGCCCUCCCGCUCCUGGUCAUGAGCAUCUGCUACAGCGGCAUUGUCCAGACCCUUUGCCAGUCUCGUAGCUUUGAACGCAAUAGGGCCAUCAAGGUGAUUCUCGCUGUGGUAGCGGUCUUCCUGGUCUGUCAAAUGCCUUAUAACCUGGUCUUAUUUUUGAGCACAGUGGUCACAGCCAAAGGAGGAACCAUAGACUGCCAAUUCGAGAACAAUCUCCUCUAUGCCACCGAUGUCACCCAGUGUUUGGCCUUCCUGAGGUGCUGCCUGAACCCUUUCGUCUACGCCUUUAUCGGUGUAAAGUUUCGUCAUGACCUCCUGAAGCUACUGAAGGACUUGGGUUGCAUGAGCCACGAGAUGUUCUUCAAGUAUACCUUGGGAGGAGGCAGGAGAAAGAGCUCAUUGGCCACCGACACCGAGACCACCACCACAUUCUCUCCAUAAUGUGGUUUCAGUAUGGACGACCUCCUACAACCCCACCUGCAGACCACACACAGACUGCGGAACACUGGAUGGAUCAAAGUCUCAUGUAAAAAGAUGUACAUAGCAGAGGUGAUCAUAAAUGACAAUUUUGUGUUUUGUUGUUUUUGUCCUUUUUUUUGUGUUUAUCCUUGUCAGUUAAGCCCAAACAAGGCUUUUGGUUAUUUGUUGUGUUGGCAACAGUGUACAUUAUUUCAAGAAAUUCACGGUGUUAAUGAAAAAAACUUUCUGACUCGACCAUUUGAAGAGCAACAAAUCAUGUACAUUAAACUAACUGAACAAACCAG